AGAGAAGAUCGCUGUUUCGCAGCGGAGAGGACGAAUCAGUGAAAUAUUUUUGUGGACUCCAGGAAACAAGCAGUGCUGCAGUCCAGGUCGGACAGGUGUACAUGGUUGGAUGGUUGUACCUUCCUAUCACGCGUGGGGACUCUUUACAGACGAAAAGGCCUGAUUUUUUGUAUUUUUACCUAAAUCCAUAUUGGUGCAAGUUAAAUGUAUCGAUUAAUUACUGUUAGGGUAUGUGCGGGAGUGUUUUUGUGUCACCAGAUAGCCUACAUCAAUAUUAGGACGUUUCUGAAGCCUCUUAAUCUGCGUUGCGAGCUGAAUGCAUUGUUGUUAAAGUCAGAUGUAUGUAAAAGCAUACACAAUAUAUUGCUUAUCUGUUUUAAAGCUGUUCCUGCCUGGCUGUGUUACUUUUGAAAGAAAUAGGGGUGAUGAAGCAUGAUGAUCCAACGACGUGUGGAAAGAGAGGAGGGAGUAGUAUCUUCAGUGGUUUAUUGUAAAAAGUUAAUUAAACCCACAAAGCUUCUUGCUCUUAAUAGGACAUGAGUGAGAUAGAGCUGUAACACUGGUCAGAAAUUAGUUUAAUAGAUUCAUUUCACCUUUACCUUUAUAUAUGGUUUAAAACUGUUACUUGUUUUAUGGUUAAUACAUCAUGUACUAACGCUUAAUAGAUCAGAUAUGAGUCAUUAAUACAUUUUGAGCUGCCAGGUGGAUAGAUGUGGCAUACCCAGAUCCUUUACUUUGAGUAAAAGUGGAAAUACCAUAAUGUAAAAUCCUCUAUUACAAGUUGCUGCAUUCAAAAUCUAACUUGAGUAAAAGUAUUACAUGCUAAUAGUACUUCAGAGUUCAUGUAGGUUGAGGUGGAACUAUUUUUAAUUAAUGAAUAUACUUUCAGAUAGUUUAAUAUAUAACAGUAAGUUAAAGAAGUACAUAUCUGUAAAAUCUUAAUUUGAAAAGUGUUUGUAACUGUUCUGAAAAAUGUGUAAAAAGUACAAAAUUUCCCUCUCAAAUAGUGGAAUAGAAGUGUAAAGUAGCAUAAAAUGGCAAUAUUUAAGUAAACUAAAAAUACUUGUAGUACCACUGCCGUGUAGUCCUUAAUAAUGGGCAGAACAUUUCUCACUUUCCCAUAAGGCAUCUGCAACUGCUGUAUAAAUGUUAAUAAGUAUUCAUCCAUCAAGUCUGCAGUUGUACAUUUUAACAAGUCAUUAAUAAAUUAAUUAGGGUUCAUUUACCCUGCAGACCAUUUUGCAGAAGGUCAGAGGUCAAACAGCCUAUUGGAGGGGUCGUCGUGAUGAAUUAAAGAGCUGCCUAAAAAGACAAAGCAGAGAGGAUAAAUUCCAGACAGAAAAUGGCAACCCAAAAAGCUGUUCUUGUUAACAUAACAAGCUCAUAGCGGAUCUGUAUAUAUUAGUAUUGGUAAUUGAUUUAUUAACUAACUAGUAAUAAAGCAAUUUUUCACGCCCACCACAAGAGUGGUACAGAUGACUGAAGUCAUAAUCUCUCUCAAGUAGUGCAGAGAGGAGGAUAGUGUUUAUAUUGGAUUUGUUUGAUAUUGAUGUCUUAAUAAUUUCAAGGCUGACAGAUCAAUUCACACAUUAGAAUAUGUGACCAAUUAAUAGCAUAUACCACAAUAUAUGCAAAUUUGAUUGUACUGUACAGUACAUUACAAGAUGUUCUUGCAUUGUUUGAGAAGCAGAUUUAAUCACAUGAGGUUUGAGAUCAGCAUCAUUCUGCACGCUUUCAUUACUUAUGACAUUCAUUGCUUAUGGUCAGGAUCAUGUUUUUCCACUUCUCCAUGCUUUUGGCUGACCAUUUCUUACUUAAAAUAUUUUUUCUGAAGUAAACUUUUAACUUUAUAACUUUAUAAAGAGAUCUUAUAAGAGAUUAAAAACAAAAUCUAAUUUCCAACGAGUCAAAAAUUGACUUUAUGGAUUAUUCCUUUCAUUUCCAAAUCAAAAUGAGUGUUGUGUUAUCCAUGUUGACAGAUCUAAACAAAAAAAGGCUCUGGUGUUCCAUCUCAUGAUUUAACCUCAGGAAAGACAAAGAAGACUGAACAUGUUCUCACCUGAAGGAUAAUCAAGAGUCUACAUCUGCUUGCUGCUGGGCCUGAAGAAACACACUACUCACGCUCAGUGUUGUCCCUGUGUGUUCAAAGAGAGUGCAAUUGAGGCUGUGCUUGGACCAAGGUCUGUGUGUUAAAUAUGGGAGACCAGAGAUCAGCCCAGCCCCUACUGCUUUUGCUGCUGUCCCUGAUGCUCCUUGCCAGGCUGUCACAGCUGUGGGCCUUCCCCUUCAGCCCAUCCCUGGACCUGGAUGUCACUCCCAGGACUACUGUCUUCUCCAAAGGUCUGUUGGGCAGCGCCUGUUUCACUGGCUCAUCCCAGAACUACAGCACCCUUCUGCUGGAAGAGGAUGCCGGGCUGCUGUACGUGGGAGGCAGAGGAGCUCUGUACGCGCUCAACACCUCCAACAUCUCCACACCUGCAAACCUCAUAAUUGAUUGGGAUGCGUCCCCUGAACAGAAGAAGCAGUGUCUAAACAAAGGCAGAGACAAUCAGACAGAGUGUUACAAUCACAUCCGCUUUCUUCAGCGAUACAAUGAGACUCACCUGUAUGUCUGCGGAACAAACGCCUUCAGACCUCUUUGUGCUUAUAUCGAUGCGGAGCGGUUCAGCUUCUCCUCAGGCCUUGAGGAUGGCAGAGACAGAUGUCCAUAUGACCCAGCAAAGGGAUACACUGGCCUCCUCGUAGAUGGUGAGAUGUUCACGGCCACUCAGUAUGAGUUUCGCAGCUCUCCAGACGUGCGCAGAAAUUUCCCCUUCCCCACGCUCAGGACAGAGGAGGCUCCCACCCGGUGGCUUCUGGAGGCAGAUUUUGUAGGCUCUGUGUUGCUGAAGGAGAGCAUCAACAGCUCCACCGGUGACGAUGACAAGAUUUACUUCUUCUUCACGGAGAGAAGCCAGGAGCAGAUUGCCUACCCGAGCCAGACCAAGGUGUCCAGGGUUGCCCGAGUCUGCAAGACUGACUGGGGUGGCCAGAGGACCCUGCAGAGAAAGUGGACCUCCUUCCUCAAGGCCAGAAUGGUGUGUUCAGUCCCUGAAUAUGAGCUACACCUCAAUAUCUUGCGCAGUGUGUUUGUCCUGCAGGGUCGAGAUGCUCAAAGCAGCAUAUUCUAUGGCAUCUUUGGUCUGGAAUGGAAGAAUAUCAAAGCAUCUGCUAUCUGUCAGUACGCCUUCUCAGACGUGCAGAAGGCUUUCGAGGGGCCAUACAUGGAAGUGCAGGACUCAAAGUGGAGAGAGUACACAGGGAAAGUUCCAGAGCCAAGACCUGGAUCUUGUAUAACAGAUCUGCACAGGUCCCAGGGCAUCAACUCAUCACGAGACCUCCCAGACAAUGUCCUCACUUUCGCCAGAAGGCACCCACUGAUGGCCAGCCAGGUGCACCCAAUAGGGGUGCGCCCUCUCAUGUUCAAAAGGAGUGUCAACUAUGUCAAGAUAGUCGUGCACAAAGAGCCGGCGUUGGAUGGAAACAUUUAUACUAUUCUGUUUUUGGGAACUGAUGACGGAUGGCUACACAGAGCUGUAGACAUCGAUGGAGAAAUGCACAUCAUAGAAGAGCUGCAGUUGUUUUACAAACCUCAGCCCAUAGAGAGCAUGGUCAUAUCCUCUGCUCUGAGGAGUAUCUAUGUUGGGUCCCACUCUGGAGUCGUGCAGGUACCGAUGUCAUCCUGUCAGAGGUACACUUCCUGUUAUGACUGCGUGUUUGCCAGAGAUCCGUUCUGUGGCUGGGACGGGAAUGUGUGUGUGGACAUAUCUUCACAUGCAAACAGGUCAAACCUAACCCAGGAUAUCUUGAGAGGGAUCAGGGGUUGUAAGGAGAAUUCAGGAAAUGUGGUGCAUCGGAGGCGUUCUGUGAUGUCAGGUGACGAUGUGCUACUCCAGUGCGAACUGCGCUCCAACCUGGCAGCUCCGCGCUGGACACUAAAUGGCAAAGAACUCCAGGGGUACGGCCUCAAUUCAGGCUACCGCAUCGGCACAGAUGGCCUCCUCAUAAUCGGAGCUCGUGCCCAACAGAGCGGGUCUUACCGCUGCUUUGCUGUCGAGAACUCUGUCUCAGUCCUGGUUUAUCUUUACACGGUCAAGGUGCACACAGACUCGUACUUCCCUGUGGAGCCCACAGCAACAACUAAUCCCACUACAGUUUCCAGCCUGACUGUCUUCUCCACCAGCAACCCCACUGAGCAGCCUCUGCCAUCACCUCCGGCCCCGCAGCCUCCAGGACCUGAGUUCCAGACCUACAGACACAUGGAGGCCGUGUACAUUUCCUUGGUGGCGGUUCUCGGAGGGCUUUGCUUGGUGUUGACUGUGGUGCUGCUUUAUGUGAGCUUUUGCACCAGACGAGCCCCUCAUAAUCGAAAGUUCUCCCAGCAGGGGCUGCAGGUCCUGGGCGAAUCUCAGAGAAAGAGGAGCUCCCAUUUUGAACUUAAAACCAUCUCCAGCCACUGCAAUGGCCGCCAGGGUCGUCGGUCCAUCUCGGUGCCAACCUUCGGGGACAUAGGUGAUGGCUUCCUCCAGAUAGUUCCAGGUGAGGGCUCUCCAAGCAAAACGCCUCCUCCAGCCCCUCCUCUUCCUAUGCCACCUCCGCUGCCCAACAUGGACUACGCUAAUGGGCUGUCAGCCACUCUACCCAGCGUGCUGAGGAAGAUGAACGGGAACAGCUACGUGCUGCUGAGGCAGGCCGACCCCGAGGGCAUGUCGCCGCUCUACCACUCUUUCACAGAGGAGCUCAACAGGAUCCUGGAGAAGAGGAAACACACACAGCUGGACCUGAUGCAGCCAGAUGAGAGUUCCAUCUAGGACACCCUUCUCAGUCUUUGUCCCACAGUUAUUUAUUUUUACCCCAACGGCGACCCGUAGUUGUGGGGAGAACUGACUGUUGUAUCUGCUGUUAUUAAUCCAGUGUCAGAGUACCCGCAGGCCGUGUCCUAACCUGAUCUGAAAUGUGCAGCCUCCUGUGUCUCCCAUGACAAGUGGCCCAUGAUUUCACUUCAACAUACAAACCAGAGACUGUUGUUCAAAAAGUGGAGCUGUGAAAAAAUUGGCCAUAGACUGCAAAUUACCACGAGUAGGGAGCUUAAUGAUGCUACCUCGGUGUAUACACUCUGGAGACUUGUGAAAGAUGGUCGUCAGAUGACACAAAAAGACAAAGGUGCAAAAUGGACAUGGGUAAAAGAAAUCCGGCCAGAAAGUGAUCACAUAUUUUUGAGACUGUGGAAAUGUUCAGGAAGUUUUUAGUGCCAUGAAAUAUUAGCCUUAUAUUAUAACAACAAUAUUAGUGAUACUCCACCCAAAAGCUGUCUGUUGUGCAUUGUUACAUGGCAUGUUACAGUAUUUAAGUUAUUGGCCUGCCUUCCACCAAACAUGCCUGCAGCCCUACGUUUUGCAAGUUUGACAUGAGGAUGUUUUUAAACAAGCAAAUGCAAGCAUCCCACCGGCAGGACAUACAAGCAAAGAAGAAGAUUAUGCUACAAGGGGAGUUUCAUUUUUUUAACAGUGAAGACCUGUCCAAAUUGAAACCCAUGAUAAUGAUCCAACUAACUAUUGUUUUUACAAUCAAUUAAUCUGACAGUGAUUUUUUUUUCAAUUCAUUAAAAAUUAAUUUUAAAAAGUCAGAAAAUACUGAAGAAUGUGCAUCACAAUUUCCCAGCCCAAGGUGAUGUCUUCAUAUGGAUGGUAUUGUUGACCAACACCCUAAACCCCACCAAAUAUUUAAAUUAAAAUAAUAAUAAAUAUGUCCAUGAUAAUUUUACGUCCACCUUUCAAGCCCAAAGGAGGUGUCUGUUUGAUAUAAAACAUUUUACGUGGAGUAUGGCCUUACAGUAAGAAGCCAGUUCUGUUACAAUGUAUGAGAGCUCAGGUGGUAAAAACAAAUCAUAACAGUUAAAUUUAUUCAAACCACUCUCUCCUCAUUUCCCUCUGUUCUCAUGUAGAUGGCAAUAAUUACAUCAAUGCUACAGCUGUUAGUAGCAAUGUGUUGUGGCAGUGCCAAUGGAAACACCUGUAGCAAACUGUGAAACAGUUUGGAUUUCUUUUUCCUGGUGUCUUUCUGUUUUUAGUAUUUGUGUGAGAAAAGAGAUACAGUUGUUUGAAAGGCAGCUUGAGUAGUCUUAUUAAAGACCAGUAAAGGAGUCAGUUAGUUUGUGGUCAGACUGAUUGAAUUAACUGAAGACCACAGACUGGCUUUAGGGCUCAGGAGGAUGAGAGGAAACCACAACAAACACUGAAAACAAACGGUUGAGAUACCGUAAAGAAAAUGCUUAUUAGCUGUUUUAUAUUUAAACAGGUAAGCACAUUAUAUUGUCUUUGUCAGACUGAAGCCCUGUUUUUGGAUGGUCAGGCAUCAACAUUAUAGUUUCAUGCCAACUAUUUUAAAGACUGAUGAAAACACUGGAUUCUUAAAAACGAUGUUAUAAAGAGACAAAAUGUUUUUCACCUAGUGUGAAUUACAUUGUUGGACAAUUGUUGGUCCUCUGCUGUGAAAAUGCAGCUGGUUGCUAAAUCAGAGUAGAGAGGACCUUCACACAUGCAACCCACAAAGGCAUCCUCCGUGCUGACCUGACAUCAGAGCAAGACAGUAUUUCCUUAGCAAGGUGAACAGCACUAUGAUUAAAUAGCACAUGUAUAACUUAAGAGGGAUGUGACAGAAAUGAAUCUCUGAGUGGUUUGUAAACGUGUCACGGGCCAGCGGUAAAUAAAGAUCUGUCUUUCCAGCAAAAUGUUGAAUCAGCUCUUGUGGCAGUGGCUCAGCAGCAGCCCGCUGUGGUGACUCGCAGCGUGCAUUUGUCAGAGCAUCGCUGACAGUAACAGCAGUACUUGGCUCACCUCCACGAAGAGAGGACGGGGGCUGCAUGUCUGUUUGCCUAGAGAGCUGUCGUCUCUGCAGGUGGAAGCAGACAGAAAACAUUUGACCUGAGUGUCCUGGUUAGCCAUGCAGGAAGCAGAUGAUGAUGCAAAGAGGCAGGAGCUAUUUUGCACUUAUAGGUAUGCUUGUCUGCCUUGUAAGCCACUUUAUUCUGACCCUUUUAUGAUUGAGAAAUAAUCCAGAAAAUGAACUCUAUGCAGACUAAUAAAUGUCCUGGUCUGGAUGGAAGAAAUUCUUUCUGACUUAAAGCCUCAAUGUGAUUCAGUCAAAGUGCUUUUCCUGGGGCUCUUUUUUCAGUCUCCGCACAACAGAUUUUGACACUUUUUGUGUGUACAGCGGAGUGCACUUGUGGGAAAUAUAAAUUGAAUUUAGGCAAGAGUGAACUUCUGUGUUUCCCAAACUUUACCGUUUCUCUGUUGCUCAAAUGGAAAAUUGUUGCCUGGACAUUCGACCUGACAUGUGUAUCCUGUCUAACCAUUCAGAGAACAGAGGACGAAACAACUGUGACAUGUUGGCAGACACUACUUUGCACUUGCAUGUUUUCUACUUUUUUUCUUGUCAGCCUUUUUAGCCCUUUAGCACUUGUUUUCAUUCUCAUCUUCAUUCCCCCCCCCCCCUCUCCCUCUCUGCUGCUUCUUGUUUUUCCAUCUCAUCACCUCUGCAUGACAGUAUCAUCUAUUACUCUCACUCUCUCUCUCUCUCUCUCUCUCUCUCUCUCUGUCUCUUUCUCUCAGUCUCUCAAGGACCCUGCUGAAUUUACAAAUGGCGAUCAUGGCCCCUAAUCCAUUAGAACCAGUUUUCAAAGAGCCCUAGAGUUUGUGUUUGUGAAACCACUGAAUAUUCUGCAUUAGUUUAGUUUGCAUUAGAGGUAUUGUAAAUGCUGUUCUAACAUUUUUUAUCUGAUAAUAUGAUUUGUGAGAUAGUUUUCAUUGCACACAUUUCCCAUAAGAAUCAGACAGCUUAAAUACUGUAUGUACUAAAAGUGCUCAGAAAGAUUAAUGAGGACUGUUAAUUCAGAGAGAGUAAUGGUUUUCUGAUCCAUGACAAUUGAUUCAUGGGAUUUAAUUUUAUUGAAAUCAAAGUUGUAAAGAAAUGUUCUUGUUGUGUUACAUUUUAUUACAAGUUUAAACUUUGUAAAAUGAUUGCAGUAUCUACUGAGUUCAACAUGUUACUGUACUUAACCAUGUAUUAUAUAAAAGUUGUGGACAAUCCUUAACAUGUUGAAAGCUUCAUCUGAAUCUCAGACCAUUGCUGCUGCUUCAUUCUCACUUAAGGACAAUCUGUUUACAAUGACACUGGCUCUGGACUGUAUUGUACUAUGGACUUUAGAUAAAAAUAGCUGACAUAUUGGCUACCAGUUUUACACUCAUGUUGUUUCUGUACACACACACCCACAUUGAAGCAAUUGUUUUUGCAGAUUCAAUAACAUUAGUCACAUCCUGCUAUGUCAAUAUGCAACAUGCAGUAUAUUUUAUGUAGAUGUAGAUUAUUUCUCUGGGUGUUGGCCAAAGAAACUGCUGUAAAGUGCUGUUUGCACUGUUAUUUUUAACUACUUUGUUAAAAGUCAUGUAGUAUAUGCCUUUGUAAAGUGUGACACUUUCCAUCAAGUUGGUUCUGUAUGAUUUUUUGAUGUAGAUAAUGCAUUUAUCUCUCAGAAUAUAAGUGGCUGAAUUGGCAUCUUUGCUUCUUGUAAGAUAGUUUAGCCACCUGAGCUGUUCACACAGAUGAAUUUUUUAAUAUUGUCUCUCAUGUCUUAUUUAUUUAAGUUAAUUAAAUUUCUUCUUGCUUUUGUGCAGAUGAAAAAAACUACUUUGCAUUAUGUUCAGCUUGGGGGGGAAAUGUCAGUGUCAACAGCCCUGAGGGGAAGUCAGGAAAUUAAAUGCAAAACAUGUUCACACCGAAUCCUAUUCUCAAGACACCAUGAUACUCGGUUGUUUUUUUAGCUUGUGGCAAGCGGCAAGGCCACUGUCCUCCCCUGGGAAUGGAGGCCACAUGAUGCCAGAAGUCAUUUCCAUACAUGUAUGACUGACAGAGCAGAGGUAUAACAUAAGCUUGGAGGGGGGGAUAAAAUGACCAUUUUGAGAGCAGCAUUCAAGGCAGUAACUUAGCAACAGCAUCUUUAUUUAGAGCCUUUAAUGUCCUAGCGUAGGUCUUGCAUUGCCAGUUCCCAUUAGGGAGAGCGGGUGUGAUUAGAGCACAGUGGCUCUGAUAUCUGUAAUUGGUGCCAUAGAUAUAUUAAAAUGCAAGGAGUGAGUGUGAAACAACAGAAAACAUUGUAACACCAUCAGGAGGUGAUUAAAUUCCAUAUCUUUUAUCAAAACGACCUCACUGUCCCUCCUGAAUGUACCGAUUUUACCUAAAUUUGCUGAUAUGUUCAAAGAUAAUUUACAUGUAACCACUUAUAUUGGCAAACCUUAAAUGCAGUUUAUAUGCCUGUGGGCAAGGGCUUUCACAUGCUUAUCAAAAAUGCAACUCAAGUACCGAUAUUUGGGAGAAAAUGAGUGAAAUCAGCAUCAGUGUCCCGCUGCAGAGCUCGGCUACACUUUUUCUCCCUCAUCACCAUCCUCUGCAGUCAUCUCACGCUCUUAUUCUACAUACUUUUUCACAGAUAGCUUAACCAUUUCCUGCCGCCAGACUAGUAUCCAUCAGUCAGCAGAAACAAUUAAUCUGUCCUGGGGGCACCUUUCACAUUCACUCCAUACAAGUCUGCUUAUUUGUAUUCACCUGACGACUAGUACUUGGAUGUGCGUUGAUUUUUGUUGAGGAUCACAGAUGUCAUUUGUGGAGGAAAAGCAGGGUCAACCGGCAUGCCUUUUGCAGUCAAAAUUGAUGAAUUCAGGGUGAGAACUGCAAAGAAAGCAACGAGUAGCUUUGCCAACAUCUGUCUUGUUGAAUUUGAACAAAUCACCCACUGGAGGAGUGUUAGUUUUCUGUUCCUCUUACAGAGGCGAUACAGAGGACAGCUCUGUGCUGAAGGUUAAGACUUGUCCCUCAAGCAAUCACACAACCAUCUGUCAUGUUCAUUUAACAUCAUUUAAGGUUGUGCAGAGAGGAAACCUUCAAACAUCAGUGUUAAACUGUAAAAACAUGUACAUUCCCCAUGUCCUACAAAUAAAAAAAGUGUACAUCUGA